AAAAAUGUUUGAAGUUAGCGGAAGCUAUAGCUAGAAGGCUUUAAACUCGAUCAGCCUAUAAAUAGGAACCUGCGAUUGAUGCAACUCAUCAUUCAGUUCUAUUAGUCUUAUUGAAAAAUAUUCGAAACAAACCGAGGCAUAUAUUUUUACUCACAUGGCUAAGCAAUAUACGGAGGAUCUCAUUUCAGGGCUGAAGAAGGAUCUCAGAGACAAAGAGGAGCGAGACGAUAACGCAGUUGAAAGGAUUAAAAAUGGCUUCAUUCGUUUCAAGACCUGCAAAUUUGACAAAUGCCCAAAAUAUUUUCAAGAACUUGCCGAAGGCCAACAUCCUAAGUUUCUAGUAUUUGCGUGCUCAGACUCCAGAGUAAGCCCCUCUCAUGUGUUGGAUUUCCAACCGGGAGAAGCCUUCAUGGUCCGCAACAUCGCUAACCUGGUUCCCCCUUUUGAUCAGUUACGGUACACGGGGGUCGGCGCAGCCAUUGAAUAUGCUGUUUCAAGUCUUCAGGUUGAAAAUAUCUUGGUGAUUGGACAUAGUCGCUGCGGUGGGAUAGAAAGGCUUAUGUCCUUUCCAGAGAAUGGAUCUGCUCCUUUUGAUUUCAUUGAUGACUGGAUGAAAAUUGCAUUACCUGCAAAGCUCAAAAUCAAAGCAGAGCAUAGCUGCCUAUCAUCUGAAGAACAAAAUGCACUUUGUGAAAGGGAAGCUGUGAAUUUGUCAUUGGUGAACCUGCUUUCUUAUCCAUACGUUCAAAAGGCAGUGGCGGACCAAACUUUAGCAUUGAGGGGUGGCUACUAUGAUUUUGUGAAGGGAAGUUUUGAGCUUUGGCAAUUGAACACAGAACUCUCUCCUCCUAUCAUUAUACCAUGAUUAUCAAGUCUCUCUUUCUGGGGUCAUAAAUCACCAUGUUAAAUCCUCCCUUGUUGUGUUUUAAUUCAAAGUUUGUGUUGCUUUUGGCCUUUAUUAUGAAUAAUCAUUCACUUAUGAAUGAAGUGGAGCUCCUUCUCCAUAUUUCUACCUGAAAUAAUAAUAAAAAGGCAUAUAAGUUUCUUAUCAA